AUGAAUCGCAAAUUAGACGAUGUCCAGGAGGCAGGCACAUUUUCCAAGCUGCCGCCCGAAAUACGGAACAUGAUCUACGCGCUGGUUCUAUGCGAGCAGAAAGCCAAGGACUUCGAUUGUGCCGUUGAACUGCUUCCGGACAACGUGAGAGCGAAGAGAGCAACACUCAAGCGCUCCCGGUGUCUCCAUCUCUCACGACACCCGCACCCAGCAAGUUGUCUCGCGAUCCUCCAGACAUGCCGUGCUAUCAGUCACGAAGCGUCCGGAAUUUUUUAUGGUAACCACGACUUUACGUUCCACGACGAUCUCACCAUCACACCAUCAACCUUCUCGAGAGAUCCGAAGCCCGUCAACAUCAAGUUUCGAGACUUCCUUUGGACCACCUCGAGCGCGCGCUUGCAUCACAUCGCUGAGAUACAAAUCAUUGUCACAGGUGCAUUGCUGUCGUCUUCUGACCUGGCAAGGCUGCCAAAUCUCAAGGAAUUGGCAAUUGGCUUUCGUGGACCCAAGGCAUUGAACAUGUUCAAGCCUGGUAGUGUGGUGAGCACUGCUGAGGACACCUCUCAGAUGAGAGAACUUUGCAAAAGCUGGAUCGAAGUACUACCAAAGCUGGAGCACAUCACCCUGCGUGUGGACGAUACGGUUAUCGGUGGAGUUGACCGGAGGGUGGUCAAACAAUGCAUAUCAGAAUUACAGGCCGAACUUCGAGGCCUGCUCGGUGCGCGAAACGAAAAUCGGAGCCAAAGCGAGGCGAUCCAAUCAAGCGAAUGA